AUGGCCCGUAAAGGCGGAAACUCAACUCAGCGGAUGGCACCGCCGCCAACAACCAACGGAUUGGCCACAACGCACGGGAAUGCGAACCUGCCACCACCAUCUACCAUCGCGGCCCAGAUCGUCCAAAAUGCUUCCAAUCUGCAUGCUCGCCAUGAUGCUGCAACCAAGGUCUCGUUCGGAGAGCUUGUCAAGGAGUUCUUACAACACCCAAGCACCGACGAACCAGAUCCCCAACUCGUUGCACUGAUUUGCGUCAUUGCUGAAGCAGGUCUGGAGGGCCUCUUCAAGGACGACCCGUUCGCCCAAGACCAACAGAAGGAAAAAGGCAUCGACAGCAUAUCCGCGCUGCAGCUCAUUAUUCGAAAGAAGCCACAUCUACUGCUGAGCAUCAAAGAUGCCGAAGAAGAAGGAAAUCCGCAGCCGCCACUGUUCGUAUGGCUCUUUCCAAAAUUAAUCGGCCUGCUGUCACAUGUGACGAUGCAACCGCUGCAUCAGCAUGCUCGAGACCUUCUCGGGCUUUCUCUCGAAGUCUUGCUACAGAAUCCGUCAUUUUGGCAACAUGCAACUAGCGUGGCGACUUUGUACAGAUCCUCCAUUCAAUGUAUGUACAGUGGACACUCUUUCUUGACAACACUAAGCGAAUUCUAG